AUGCAGCUUGGCCGGGCCAGCAUCCUCCUGUGUCUCUGGCUAACAGCUGAGUCCCUCCCCUCACCUGCAAACAGAAACCUGCUAGAAGAAAACCCUCCGAGACAAUGGGAAAGUCCCAAUUUAGGACAACUGAAAUCCCCAGAAGAAGACGAAGAAGAUGUCAAGGUUGCAUUGGAUUUUAAGGAAGCCCCUUCAAAAGUCUUGGUGGUUUCCCUGGAUUCAGAAGACAGCGCUGGACAUCUCCCGCCACCCCACCUGCCCUUGGCUGAGGAGGAAGUGAGACCCUUGAGUUUAUGGCCCCAACCCAGUUCUCAGUCCUGGCUCUAUGAAAGCUCCGAGGAAUCGGUGUGUCACGUGAGGCUGGAUGGGGGCAGCUUUUGGGGUCCUAACCAUCUGGAGGUGGGGGGCCUCCUCAGCCGUUACGACAGUGGGUUCUUGAAGGCCCUGAGCAGAUCUGCCUGGAGCAGAGAGGACCUGGAGACCUUUGGGAUAUGUCCCUCAAGCCCACCCCACAGCCUUCUCGGGUCACUCCAGCGUGUGGCUGAUUCUCUGGGCAGGCCCGAUGGACAUCGUUUCUUCAUGCUACAUUUGGAAGAAGUGAAAUGGGAAGUCGAGACCAAACUCAGGUUUAAGCUGACCUUUCAGAAGGAUGUGGAAGAACCUCUCAGCUCCUUGCAGCUGGUCCUCCUAGUCUUCUAUCAAGGAGAAAAGGAACUGGUGCAUCACGGGGUCCCAAAGAGAUUUCUAGUGGGAGGAGAAGGAUUACAUCAAAAGCAGGUUGUUUGCCUUUCCAGAGGAACCCGCUACCUCGUCCUCCAAGGCUCUGUGAUGUCUGGGAGACAUUCGCCUGGUGAAUUAAGCUAUGAACUUUCCUUGGAAAUCAGACACCAAAACAAUACAGAUGCUGCUGUCUCCUCUGAUGAAGCCCAGGAUCUUCUGUUUGGCUUUGAUGCCAAGUGUUUCACCCGCAGGACCCCGGCUGUCUUGCUGUUGGUGAGACAAAACUUCGGCGUUGGCUCCCAUCCACCCUCGUCUUUCCUCUCUGCGGAUGGCAAGUUAGAUGUAUUACCAUACCUGAAACCCAGCUUGCUGAGUUCCAGCGUAGCCCACACACCCUCUGAGGCUGCCGCCAUCACUAACCAAACCAACAGCACUGUGUCAGUGCUGACAAACUCUGGAUACUUUUUGGAGACCCUCUCCGAAUUUGUCAACAAAGUCCUGAACCCCUCAGGUGAGCCUCCUGUCGCCCAGGGGCACCUCCUGCUGGAUUUCGACACAAUGGAGGCCCUUCCUCACGAACUGCUCAACUUGUCAGAGAAAGUGGCUUUUGAGCGUCUGGUGCAGUCUGAAAAUCACCUCGUGGUCCUUUUUCCCGAGGACAGCCAAGCUUUCAUGGAGCGCCAGCUCGGCCAAUGGAACCUAGAGGGAAAGUUGCUUCAGCAGCUGUUGGAGAAGCUGCGUUCUGUGAUCCAAGAGCUGAAAGCCAUGCCAUCCUUCCACGCCAACGCCGACCUCUUCCGUACUCUGCUGGCUCUGUGCUACUAUCCUUCGAAGGGCUCGGGAAAACUUCCCGCUAGCGAGUCUGCAGAAACAGAGGAAACGCAGACCCGCAGAAAAAUCCACAGCCUUCUGUUGCUCAAGGCUCUCCAGGUGGUGCGCACUCGUUGGCGAGAGGCCAGGAAGGUGUCGUUACGUGCCAACCGUAGCACUCAAGUCCAGGAUGACUACUGCCGGCUGCGAGAGCUCAGGAUAAACCUGGUUUCUACCAGGUACAUCAUUUUACCGGAGUCAUACAACGCCAACAAUUGCGUGGGCCCCUGCCAGAGCCCGCUCUCCACCCGCAUCCCGGACUACUAUUCCCACACCAUUUUUCUGCUGCGUAUGCACGAACAGGGCAUGCCCCUCCAGCGAGCCCCUUGCUGCGUCCCGGUGAAAUAUUCCAAAAGUCUCAUGGUUACCUUUACCAGUGAUCAAGGGAUGAUAGUUAAGGCCUACCCAGAUAUGGUGGCUGAAUCCUGCGGGUGCAGGUAGAGAAGCUCUCCUCGUGGGGGAAUGGGAUAUUGGACGGUGUCCUGCUGUCCUGGCCAGUAUGGGGUACUAUUUUAAACCACAGCACUACAGUAAUCCCCCAUUCCGUCGAUGAAAUUUCUGCAGUUUUGUACAUAGCCAGUUUGCAACGUUGUUCUUGCUUUUUAUGAUGGUAGGGAGAGUUGGACCCCUCCAGUUUAUUUACAGGAAACACCAACUAGCAAAGUGUAGGAUGAGAAUUGUCGUUCCCCCGUUCAGAGGACCUUGAGAUGGAUGUUUAAGUUCCGAAGGGACAAGUUAAUGUUUAUUAACUGAUGUGGCCCAAUAUGUAAGCUUGGCAUUUCUUGAGUUUUCAAGGCUUCUGGUGGGAGAGAAAUAGAAAAUUCACUACAGGCGGUCCUCCUUGGUGAAAUGGGACUGUUGCUAAGCAACAUAGUCAUAGAAAAAUGUGGCCGCAGAGACUCGACAGCAGUUCUGGCUGCCCUUUUAAGUGAAUCAUGCUUGGUGGCUAAGUGUGAUGUCACAUGACCGCGACUCGCCGGUGGCUUCCUCGUCCACUUCGCUCGCGGGAAGUAGGCGAGGAAGGUUGCAAAAUGGCGAUCGGGUCAUAAUCGCAGUGCCCAAACCUAAGGGACGCUGUGAGGGCCACCACUUCAAGGACCAGCCUCAGUCUCUUCAUUCAGCACCACCAUCAGGUCGAAUGGUCGCUGAAUGAGUUGUCGCUAAGCGAGGACUGCCUGUUUUCUUCUUUUAGGAAGUCAGCUGUACAGAGCAAGUCUCCCAAUUAGAGAAACAGAGGAAUGAGACAAUGAGAGGAAGAAAGAGACAAUGCGUGCUGUUAAUUCGUCUAGUGAUCAAGAAGGUAAAAUGUGAAAUGCUGGUAAAGGUAGUCCUUUACGUAGGACCACAAUCGAGCCCAACAUGGCUG